UAAUAUCAAUAAGAUAUACAAAGAUUUAACAUUUUCAAUAAGUCUAGAGUGAGCGAAAGCAACGUAACAAGUCAUACAAGUGUAAACAUCAAAUACUAUUAUUAAACACCAACAGAAGAAGAAAAGAACCGCGUACUAAAAUAAAUGACUGGAAUAACCUUAACCGACAACGAUAAUUUUAAGACCAAACCAACCAAACUAGUAGAGAAGUCUCUCUCUAUAAAAGCCUCUCUGCAUCUCUUUCUCAUUCCUAAAAACCUCUCAUACUCGAAAUUCACUCUUUCUUCCACCAUUUUUUCAACAGAACACAAACCUAUCUCUCUCUCUCUCUCUCCUCUUACUCGCUUCAAUGGCACGUCUUCUCUUCCGUCUCCUCGUUGAAUCCAACACUCCUUCGGCGCCGGUGGUUGAUAACUCCGCCGCUGCUUUGAAUUCCGAUCUCGUCGUCAUCCUCGCUGCUCUCCUCUGCGCUUUGAUUUGCGUUCUUGGCCUCGUCGCUGUUUCUCGAUGCGUCUGGCUCCGUCGCCAUGCAGCCGGAAACAGAACCGCCUCAGGGUCUCCAGGUCAAACUCCUCAACCUCAGGUCGCAGCGGCUAACAAAGGACUUAAGAAGAAAGUCCUCCAAUCACUCCCGAAGCUAACCUACUCGCCGGAGUCACCGUCGUCGAAGAAAUUCGCCGAGUGCGCCAUCUGUCUAGCGGAAUUCUCCGCCGGGGAUGAGCUCCGAGUUCUGCCGCAGUGUGGUCACGGAUUCCACGUUUCUUGCAUUGACACGUGGCUAGGCUCUCACUCAUCUUGUCCUUCAUGCCGUCAGAUCUUGGUCGUUGCCAGGUGUCACAAGUGUGGUGGUUUACCCGGUAGCUCUACCUCUAGCCCCGAACCUGAAUCCGUACCCGAGAUUGAGAUCCGAAUCAAGCAAGGCGAAGAUGAUCCCAACUCAUUCUUGCCAUGAUCAUUUUUUUUCCUACUUAAUUUGGAACUCAUUUAUUUUAGUUCCCUCUGCUUAUUAGAAAAAAAAUCUAUAAUUUAAAUGCAGAUCAGUGUUUAGUGGGAUAGUGCUUUAAUAUUGUACAUUAUUUAUUGUAAUUGUAAGCUGUAAAUGUUGUAUGAAAAUGGAAAUUUAACCGAUUUGCAUUGAACCCUUUUUA